UAAAAUUAAGUGACUGAACUCAUAAUAAAUAAACAUUGUGAACUGAUGUAAUAUGAAAAAAUAUAUAUAAGAUGUGUUGACUAUGUUAUUUUAUCUUAUAGUCCGCCUCCAACCGCUAAUGGAGGUUUAAUUGUACAUAUAAAUUCAUUUCUAAAAGGGACCAAAGACGAUGUAUCCUCUCCAGAUGGAUUAACUCCACAGAAUGCCGCACGAUACCUCUCCAAAAAAUCGCACAUGUGUAAGGGAAGAUGGAACCCAAACUGCCCCUGGACAAAACAAACCAAAGCUUUGCACCUGCCGCAAGCAUAGGAGCCGCCUUUCAUUUCAUCCCUCUUUCCCACCACCUCAGAUAUCUGUUUUGAGCAUCCCAUCCUCACCCACCAGAAUGUGAAGAUCCAGAAAGUCCAGCUCUCUUGCAGCCUGAAAGACUUUUUUAUUACCUGGCUUUUCAGCUCCUUAUAGCCGUUCACUCGGGAACUGCAUUUCACAAUGGAACAAUGAAAACUGCUAAGUCUACGCUGUCAUUGGAAACCGAUUUAGAGAAGCCUGUGAGGAACAUUAACCACACUGCGAUUCGAAAUCACAAAAGCGGUGGAGAAAUUAUUCCCUUUAUUGGGCUUACAAAAACCAGUACACUGGACAGACACUGCUGUAAAAACGGAGGGACCUGCAUCCUAGGCAGCUUCUGUGCCUGCCCUAAGCAUUUCACUGGGAGACAUUGUGAGUUUGAUUCCAGGAACAGGAAUUGUGGUUCUGUAGCUCACGGUCACUGGCUGCCCAGAAAGUGUGCUUUAUGCAGAUGCAUUUAUGGCGUUAUGUACUGCUUUCCAUCUGGAGACUGCGAUGCAAAUGAGUAUAAAGAAGAUGUCCGAAAGGUGCAGUCCAAAGCGUGUACAAUGUCUUCGUGUCCCAUUGUGAUGCUUCUGCUUGCUGCAAUUGGCAUCAUACGAAUACUGUAACAUGUUAUAUCCUGGACAUAGAAGUCCCUUUAUUAAUUUAUUGGCAGCACUUUUAUCAUAAAGAAAUAUUUUAUUUUGCAUAGCUUUUUAGAAAUUUGUAAGUCGAAAACAUUAACACCUUUCCAUUUUUUUCUGAAAUGUGAUAUUCUUUAAUGGUCAGC